GUGCUGCUUUCAAACCUGACAGCUAAUGAAUGGUUUUGUUCACUUUUUAGACGAGACAAGCUAUGGAUUUGCAUGGAGUUUUGUGGAGGUGGCUCUCUGCAGGAUAUUUAUCAUGUGACUGGACCACUUUCAGAACAGCAGAUUGCCUAUGUUAGCAGAGAAACUCUACAGGGACUGUAUUAUCUUCACAGUAAAGGAAAAAUGCACAGAGAUAUAAAGGGAGCAAACAUUCUUUUAACGGAUAACGGACAUGUAAAAUUAGCUGAUUUUGGAGUGUCAGCACAGAUAACAGCAACAAUUGCCAAAAGGAAAUCGUUCAUUGGCACCCCAUAUUGGAUGGCACCAGAAGUUGCUGCAGUAGAAAGAAAAGGUGGCUAUAACCAACUCUGUGAUCUGUGGGCAGUUGGAAUAACUGCUAUAGAGCUUGCUGAACUUCAGCCUCCAAUGUUUGACCUACAUCCAAUGAGAGCGCUUUUCUUAAUGACCAAAAGCAACUUCCAGCCUCCUAAAUUAAAGGACAAAAUGAAAUGGUCCAAUAGUUUUCAUCAUUUUGUGAAAAUGGCACUUACAAAAAAUCCUAAAAAAAGACCUACAGCUGAAAAAUUACUACAGCAUCCUUUUGUUACCCAGCCAUUAAAUCGAAGUCUUGCUAUUGAACUUUUGGAUAAAAUGAAUAAUCCUGAUCAUUCCACUUACCAUGAUUUUGAUGAUGAUGAUCCUGAGGUAGGCAGUGACAAACUCAAAGCAAGAAGUGUGAGGGCAAUGAAGAGAGACUUCGGGGCCCUGGAACGACUGGUCAAGGGAUCAGGAGCACAGGUGGUGUUCUCCUCUGUGUGCCCAGCUGCAGCAUAUGACGGGGAGAAACAGGAAGUGCCAGCAGAUCAAUACCUGGCUCCAAGCCUGGUGUCACUGGCAGGACUUCAGGUUUUUUGA